GUCCCGCCUCUCCCCAAUUGAUUGGUUGCAGAAGCAAUCCCAUUGGACGUCAACCUGCCAGUUUCCUGACGAAAGCAAUAUUUCAGGAAAGGACAUCAACGUGAACGGUUUGAGGGAUGGCGGGUCCCACAAAGAUUGCGUCAUUUCGCCUGCCUCCCCUGCCCACCAUUGGGGAGGUAAUCAAACUGUACAACCUGCGAGCAGAGAAACAGCUGUCCCAGAACUUUCUACUGGACAUGAGGCUCACAGAUAAGAUUGUGCGCCAGGCAGGCAGUCUGAGGGACGCCCAUGUGUGUGAGGUGGGUCCUGGACCUGGAGGUCUGACCCGCUCCAUCCUCAACGCUGGGGCUGCAGACCUGCUGGUGGUGGAGAAGGACAACCGCUUUAUACCUGGACUAAAGCUCUUGUCUGAAGCAGCACCAGGGAAGCUCAGGGUUGUCCAUGGUGACAUACUCACAUACAGAAUGGACAGAGGAUUCCCAGAAGUCAUAACCAAGGCAUGGGAGGAUGAUCCACCGGACCUGCAUAUCAUAGGGAACCUUCCCUUCAGUGUGUCCACUCCUCUCAUCAUCAAGUGGCUGGAGAACAUAUCCAACAGAACUGGACCCUUUGUUUACGGCCGGACCAGACUGACCCUUACCUUCCAGAAAGAGGUGGCAGAAAGGUUGACAGCCAGCACAGCCAGCAGACAGAGGAGUCGUCUGUCCAUCAUGGCCCAGUACCUCUGUACUGUAAAGAGCUGCUUCACUAUCCCAGGACGGGCCUUCAUCCCCAAACCUGAGGUGGACGUGGGGGUGGUACACUUCACACCGCUGGCUCAGCCCCAGAUCCAGCAGCCCUUUAAGCUGGUGGAGAAAGUAGUCAGGAACGUCUUCCAGUUCCGGAGGAAGCGCUGCCGCAAAGGAAUCCAAAUGCUGUUCCCGGAGGCGCAACGGCCGGAGCUGGCGGAGGUAAUGAUGCGUGAGGCGGACGUGGACCCCACCCUGCGCCCCACGGAGCUCUCCAUCCCUGACUUCAGAGCCCUGGCGGAUGCCUACAGCCACCUCUGCUCUGAGAACCAGGGUCUCCUCACCUACGACUUCAGAGAGGAACUCCGACUCAAACACCUUAACAGACGCCCGGGCAGCAGCUCUAAUGGUACUCAGCAGCCCGUCUGACAGAGGCGCUUAAAGGGCGGAGUGGAAGGAACGCCUAAUAGUCUCCGUUAGUGACGAGAGAGACAACGCACUGCUCUUAGCGCUGACAUUUCCACCUGGCACACGCAUGCAUUUUUAAACGCCAUUUCACUGUAGUCCCGGAGGCGCUGGAUGAGACCGUGAAUCUUAGAUGGGAUAGAAGAGAGGGACUGUGAUGGAAACAACAGGGGAGAACUGAACACUGGGCUGUGGCGGGAGAGGGAGAGACUAUGGGCCUCGGUCCAAACUGGAACAGCUAACACACAUACUAAUCUAGAGCUCAGGCACUCGUCCAGUUGUAAAGAAAGAAUAGUGUGUGUGAAAUUACCAGAUUUGUGGUAAUCUUUAUGUAGGUUCUUAUAUUUUACAUAUCUCAACUCUGAUUCACAUUCGGAGAGUGGAGUCACAGCCAGGGUCAGCCUAGAGCAAUUAGGGUUACAUGCCUUGCUCAAGGGCACAGCGGCAGAUUUUCACCUUGUCGGAUCGGCAACUCAAACUAGCGACCUUUCGGUUACCAACACUCUAGGCUACCUGGCGCUUCAAGCUCUCGUAUAUUAUACCCUGGUUCUUACCUCGUCCUCUGGGAGAUGGAGUCCGGAAACAUUUUCAGGACGAUUUAGAGAAUGAGAACAUGUUGACGUUAUUCAGGCCAUUCCACCUCCCUCUCACUAACUGGAGAGGAGGGGCAUGCUGUUGGAAAGUUGUCAGCUCUUGGUGAGGCUAUUCAAAUCCUAAAAAGUGAGGACUCUGUGUGCCUUGUUAUAAAUAAAACACUGGCCAUCCGUGAUGAUAGUACAAUAAUGUUUCAUUCAUUUGUUUGUGCUGCACAAUCCUCAGAUGUGUACAAAUAAAAAUCCUGCCAAUUUU